AACAUAUUGUAAUCAAGUACCUGAUAUCUGUUACAUUUCCAUGUAAUUAAAAUUUGCACAUAGCAAGGCAAGCUUCUCUAGUUUCAUAAUUGUUUAAUUAAACAACAAGCAAUAUUGAAACUGGAAUAAGUAGACUGAAUCAGCAUAAACGUAACCGCGUAACAUUGAGAGUCGUCUCACCUCUCGCACAUAACUAUUGCCAUAUGGACUCGAUGCAUAUUAAUGUGAACCGCAUAACAACUCCUUGCCUCCAACAAUGUGGUUACGACACUUCCUGGUACGACUCACGGCCCGAGGUACAGGAAACACCACUACAAAGUAAACCGAAUUACUGGAUUCAAUCAAAACCAUCUAUGUUAAUGAAACGGAAAGAGUACCUUGGAACGAUAACUUGAAAGACAACGUCAAAUGUUAUUCCAAUAAUUUACAAGCACGUGUCUUUGAAAUAUUCUUAGUCAGUAGUUGAUAUCAAACCCCACAAUCGAUUGUUUAACUUACGUCGCCGACAACAACCUUUUUACCAAACAAGGACACAUAUGUUUCCAUACGAUUAUGACGCUGUAUAUUGUUUAAUUCCGUCAUCAAUAUUCAUUUUUCGCCAUGGCCUUGCCGAUUUAAUAUUCCUUACGUUUAAUGGUUGUGAAAGUAUCUGACGUAACUAAAGCAAUUUUAGAUUCAUUUAAGUAAAUUAUAAUACAAUAAUGGCUUCCUACGUAAAGUGGACCUAUGAGUACACCAAGCUUCGGCGAAACUUUGGAAAACAACCACUUUUCCAAAUGGUACCAGCCCGCAUGUUAGACUCUAUAAGUCCUAACAAGGAUGAUCAAAAGCAAUACAUUCUGCGGAACCCCGUGCACCGCGAAGUUCAGGCAACGAGCUCUGCUUCAGAAAACGAAACUAACACUGCACUAAUAAUAAGACAUGAUCAAAUGAUCGACCACUCUGAAGGCGGCUGGCCACGGGAAGUCAACCCUUACAACGAGGAUCAUGUUCAACGCCAUCGUCGCAGAAUUAUGCACGAAGACAAUUAUAUCAAAUCCGUGCAAAAUUUGUCAAAUUCUUUAUUUCACUACGUAGACCAAAACAAUGCCAUUGAAAUGUAUGAAACAUAUUAUGCUACAAUGGCCGAGCAAGAUCCUGUUGAAAAGUGUAGUGUCCGAAUUGCAAAUGUCUUCCGUGAUGAACAUCAGAGACCAGUAGCAUGUGUUAAAUGGACUAAUGAAAAAAACGCUAAACUGGCAGUUGCGUACUGCGUCAAAACAUGUGUGCUGGAACCAAAACUAAACCUGGUAACCGAAUGUUAUAUAUGGGAUGUGCACAGACAAACAGAACCAGUGUACGUAUUACAACCUGAUUACCCGUGUUGGCAACUAGCGUGUUCACCCUCAACUCCUGAAUUGUUGAUAUGCGGACUUGAAAAAGGUAUUGUUAGUGUAUUUGAUGUGCGUGUCGGCAAAAACGCUGUGUCAUCGACUUCUGUAUAUAAUUCCCAUCGCGAAGGAAUAACAUCAAUACUUUACAUUCAGUCUCGCACAUACUCUGAAUUCUUUACUGGGUCUUCGGAUGGAGAAUGUUUGUGGUGGGAUUUGCGAAACCUUAAACAGCCUCAAGAGCGGUUACCAAUCUCAGUGAGGUUUGCACCGAAUGAAGUUCCAAAUUUAAAUAAUGCUGAAGGGGUUAGUACUUUGGAGUUUGAUAAAGGCUUGCCUACUAAGUUUCUCUGUGGAACGGAGACUGGAUUAGUAAUUAACGCCAAUCGCAUGGGAAGAACUCAUUCUGACAUUUUAUCUUCGUUUUGGUAUGCUCACGAUGGAUCAGUACAAACAGUGGAAAGGAGUCCUUGUACCUUUAGAAUGUUUCUUACGUGUGGUGAUUACACUGUUAAAAUAUGGAGUGAAGAAGUUCGUACCGCACCCAUCAUUGUAACAAGGCCGUAUAGGAAUCUCGUCUAUGAUGCUGCUUGGGCUCCUUUGAGGUUCUCCUCGUACAUGUCGAUAUGUGGAGCGGGAAAGUUCUAUUAUUGGGACUUACUGCGUAAACACAAGGAGCCAGUCUUGACUCUGCAAGUAUCAAAGUCUGGACUUACAAAAAUUACUCCACAUUCAAAAGGCAAAUCAGUCGCUAUUGGUGACUGUAAUGGAGCAUUGUAUCUGUUGCAAUUAUCUGAAAAUAUGGCUAUACCGGGAAAUCGUGACAAGUUACUGAUGGGGCAAAUUUACGAGCGUGAGACUAGACGAGAACAUAUCUUAGACAAUCGUCUCAAAGAAAUUCGUUUGAAAGCACGCGCUGAGGAAGAAGCAGCUUUAAAUGAACCACCAGAAGACGUAGUUGACGAAGAAGAGGUAGACCAUGAAACCGAAGAUGAGUAUUUUAGAAUAGUUAAUGAAGAAUUGAAACUAAUGGACAUUAUGCCUGACCAAACUGAAUAACUAAUUAAAGAUCUCUAUAAACUGGAAUUAUAUGAUGGAGGACACCAGGUGUCCAUAUUAUCUGUUUAUGCGUAUGGACUGUGGAUUUAUGUUAAUGUUUGUUCGGUAGGUACAAAAUACUACAUGUAGUAGUGAAAUUAUUGAAAUAA